GAAGGGCCCGGUCCCCAAGAAAGGCUCUUCCUCGAGGCACCUGGGACUCCUCCACGGUCUGGGACCGCCUGGAUGGUACACGUCCCGCGUCACUCACAUCACAACACUCGCCUAGCUCUAGUAUUUAAAAUAAUCGGGGGCUGGGGGCGGUGAAUUAGCGCCGAAUCAGCCCUCGCCGUUUUAUUUGCUAGUUGGGCUCACUUUUACUGACGCCCUCUGGUGACUGUCAAUCACUUUGUCCCUGCGUGACCAGAGGCACAAAGAAAUGAUGGGAGUUAAGGUCCUGCAAAAGGGCCUUGCUUCUCACCGCAUCUAGCCUAUAUCCGCCAGCAAUUCUCAUAUGACUUCCUUAGGUCGCAAUAACAAUGCGCUUUUCACAGAAGAAACCUGGAGAGCCUUAGAGCGUGUCCGAUGCAGCUUUGAGUCUGCGGGAGGGAAAUGAGCUUGGGCACUGGAAAGAGCAGGUUGUAGACUCAGUCAGAGCGUGUUUGAAUCUGAGCUCUGCCUGGCACGCCCAACGUCCCGGGCUAAGAUGGAGAGGAUGUCUGUCUACCUUACAGUAUCUCUCCUUCUCCUGGCGGCUGUCUUGCAAAAUGUCUGGCUCCUAGUAAGUGCUCGAUACUAGGGAAAUUUAGGGGGGGAGAGGGUGCCCCACAAUUCAGUAGCUUUUGGGAAUGUCCUGGCAAAGUGGAUUUCGUGGAGAGAGGCGCUAUUUCCCUAGAACUCACUUCCGGCUUCACCUGGAGUAAACGCUUUCCACUCAAGAAGAAACCUGUAAACGAACUCUGAUCUUCUUCCCAAGGAGACCAGAGAAUCCAGACUCGCAGCUGGACAUCAGUGCAGACACACUUCCUAAUUGGGCGGUACCACAAAAUAACCCGUUCCAAUAAAGACUAGAAAGGGGAAACCAGGGUUUGCUGGCGGAGUACCCUGGCGGGUCUCCAGGUGCUCACCCCCUACCUGCCCGCCCACUCUGCGGCGGCCUCUCCCAAACCUUCAAACUGCAGUCGGUGCGUGCGGACCACGGAUCACGACACUCAUUGUGUGAGGACCUGAAUCGAAAUCUGGGCAGGGCAGGCCGCGCUACCCGUAAUCGCGGCUGGGUGCGGUUCUGAGAAGACUAGACGCUCACUGUGCCUCCUGCAGCGCGGCGGAGACAGCACGCGGCGCGCCUGUGCCCGCAGGGCUUGGGGGUGGGCGCGGGGCCAACAGCGCGCCCCCCCUGCCCGGGCCUGGAACACCCGAGUAGCGCCGCGGGCGCGAGCGCUUAGGAAACACGAUCUUCCUCCGGGAACCAGGCGGGGGUGCGGGGGCACAGUCUCCCUUUACAAAUCCGCCACUGGGGCGCCCUCUACCACCGGGUUGUCCGGUCCUGAGGGAAAACUCCUAGGUGUGCCAGGCCCUCAAUUGGAGAGGCAGCUGCUGUCCGGGGGCCCCCCAGAUGGCGCGGCGAGCCUCUCUCCGGCGCUCGGCCCGCGCCCCUCCCCGCUCCUCCCUAGUCCCGCCUUCUGCUCCGCCCGGGCGCCCCGAGGGCAAACGGGGAGGGGGGGCGGACGGAAUUUCCCAGCGCGGGGGCUCCGGCUUCCCCGCAACCCGGCAGUCUCUUUCUGUUUACGGAGAGAAAGGGGAAAUGGAAAAGGCGGGGAGGCGGCGGCUGGCGUCCGCUGCGCCGCCCCUCGGCCGGCUCAGACGCCGUGAGUCAGGGGCCGACGAGGGCGGCCCGGCCUGGGGCUCACUCGUCCGCUGCGCUCUGGACGACGCGCCACGCUCCGGGGCCGGUCGCCCUGGCUCCAGCUUCUACUGCCGUCGGACCUCGGUGCCACGGCGCGCCCGGCUCCGGAGGACCGGCCACCUGCUGCGCACCGAGGCGUCGGGAGGCCGCGGCUGGAGCGCUCGGCCCACGGGGGCGCGCGGAGGCCGCAGUUCAUAACAGCAACUCCAAUGACACAACUGAUUUACUGUGGGCCAGACACUGCACGAGCACCUUCUGCACAUGACCUCCUUAACUCUCGCACCCACCCUGUGAGAUUCUCUACAAAGCACAACAGUAAUGGAGUACAUGAGCACUGGCAGUGACAACAAAGAAGAACUCGAUUCAUUAAUUCAACAUUUGAAUGUGUCUGAUAUAAUAGACAUUAUGGAAAAUCUUUACCCAAGUGAAGAGCCACCAGUUUACGAACCCAGUCUAAUGACCAUGUGUCAAGAUAGUAAUCAAAAUGAGGAGCGCUCAGAGUCUCUGCUACUCGGUGGCCAAGAGGUGCCUUCGUUGUCGUCGGUCAGACGUGGAACCGUGGAGGAACUGCUUGCUUUUGCAAACCAUAUAUCGAAUACUGCAAAGCGUUUUUAUGGACACCGACCACAAGAAUCUGGAAUUUUAUUAAAUAUGGUGAUCACUCCCCAAAAUGGACGCUAUCAAAUAGACUCAGAUGUUCUCCUCAUCCCCUGGAAGCUGACAUAUAGGAAUAUUGGCUCUGAUUUCAUUCCUCGGGGGGCCUUUGGAAAAGUGUACUUAGCACAAGAUAUAAAGACUAAGAAAAGGAUGGCGUGUAAAUUGAUCCCAGUCGAUCAGUUUAAGCCAUCCGACGUGGAAAUCCAGGCUUGCUUCCGGCACGAGAACAUCGCUGAGUUAUAUGGCGUAGUCCUGUGGGGUGAAACGGUGCACCUCUUUAUGGAAGCAGGCGAAGGAGGCUCUGUUCUGGAGAAACUGGAGAGCUGUGGACCGAUGAGAGAGUUUGAAAUUAUUUGGGUGACAAAGCAUGUUCUCAAGGGACUUGACUUUCUACACUCGAACAAAGUGAUUCACCACGAUAUUAAACCUAGCAACAUUGUGUUCAUGUCCACAAAAGCUGUUUUGGUGGAUUUUGGCCUAAGUGUUCAGAUGACUGAAGAUGUUUAUUUUCCUAAGGACCUCCGCGGAACAGAGAUUUACAUGAGCCCAGAGGUGAUCCUGUGCAGGGGCCAUUCAACCAAAGCAGACAUCUACAGCCUGGGGGCCACGCUCAUCCACAUGCAGACGGGCACCCCACCCUGGGUGAAGCGCUACCCUCGCUCAGCCUAUCCUUCCUAUCUGUACAUAAUCCACAAGCAGGCGCCUCCGUUAGAAGAUAUCGCAGCUGACUGCAGUCCCAGCAUGCGAGAGCUGAUGGAGGCCGCCUUGGAGAGGAACCCCAAUCACCGCCCCAGGGCAGCGGACCUGCUGAAGCAUGAUGCCCUGAACCCCCCCAGAGAGGACCAGCCACGCUGUCAGAGCCUGGACUCGGCCCUCUUUGAGAGGAAGAGGCUGCUGAGCAGGAAGGAGCUGGAGCUUCCUGAGAACAUUGCCGAUUCUUCAUGCACAGCAAGCACCGAAGAAUCCGAGAUGCUGAAGAGACAACGUUCUCUCUACAUAGACCUUGGAGCCCUGGCUGGCUAUUUCAACCUUGUUCGGGGCCCACCAACGUUAGAAUAUGGCUGAUUAAUGACACCGUUUGCUCUAAAUUAAGACUCAGCAUUUAUCUCUUGGAAGCUGGUUCUCCUGACUCUGCACAGGGCCUCCAAAUAGUGAAUUGUGUCAUUUAUGAGCCAGCGGUAUGGGCUUCCACGACUCAUGAAUGUGACUCCAUGUGGCCCCUGUGGGUUUGAUUUGUCAAGCUGCCCUGCUACCCGCCAACUCUGAAGGUUCUCAUUUCUCAUCUCACAGGAAGGAAGCUGAGCGUUCAGAGAAGAAUCGUUUCUGGUGACUGAUUCCAUUCACUGUGCACUUUGCUCAAAAUUUUAAAAAUACCAAUUGCGAGGAUAAUAGCCUCAAAUUACUAUUCUUGGUUCUAAUUUAAGUAUGGGAAUUGCAUUUAACUCAGAAUAGUUGUUUUAUGUAUAUUGGUGUAUAUUAUAUGAUAACUCUUUGAGCCUUUGUCGGGAAAGUCUAGUAGAAAUGAAAGUCAUUAUACUUUGGGUGAAUAGAACAACUUGAAUAUUGUAGCAAUAACCUGAACUAGCGUCUUAAAAAUGGCUGAUUAACUGGGAGCCGUCUGGCAGCAGGCCCCUAGUGACAGGUUCUGUUAUGUUCCUAUGGAAAUAUUUUGUACUGUACAUGCUAUGCUUAAAACAUUUAAAACAUGAUGUUUUGAAUGUGGAUAAAACUGUGUAAACCACAUAAUUUCUGUACAUCCCAAAGGAUGAGAAUGUGACCUUUAAGACAAAUAGAAACGUUUGUAAAUUUUUAAAGAUGCUACUUUUAUAAUUCUUAAGACUCUAUUUUCUUUUAAGCAUUUGUAUAUUAAAAUAGCAUACUGUGUAUGUUUUAUAUCAAAUGCCUUCAUGAAUCUUUCUUAUAUAAAUAUAUUUUUAACAUUGUAAAGUAUGUGAGUAUUCCUACUUAGAGUAUGUUUUUACAUCAUGCAAAUGAAACCAACUCUUUUAUCCAAUGUGAUGGGUCCAACCAAGUGAAUAAAUUCAGUAUUUUUCCUUAA